CUCUUACCCAUUCCAUUGCACGAUACAAAUGGCAGACAAUAAAUAUUUUGUUGGCCAAGUUGCUGAUUUACUAGGAGGCAAGAAGAUAAAAUCAAACACGACGACCCCCUCCAAAACCAAACUUGCUGCUCUCUUUGAUGUCAAGACAGAAAAAAAGACUCCCACAGAGAAGACCAACAAGUUAAAAAAAUUAAAGACUAUAAAAAUUGAAAUCAAGACAGAAAAAGAUGUGAAAGAAGAAAAGAAGUCAAGUCCAGGUACUGAAGAUCAGAUGCCGAAGGAAGCAUUAAAUAAGGAGCAGAAGAAGAAGAAGAAGAAGAAGAAAUCCAAGAAGGCAAAAGAAGAGGGAUUCUGUCCUCCCAAGGGAAUUGUGCAUGAAUCUCUGAAGGAAAGUUCAGAGGAACAAAAGAAGCAAAAACCGAAGAAAAGGAAGAAGGAGAAAGACUCUGAUGACGAAACUGAAGCUGCUCCCAAGAAGAGAAGAACAAAGUACAAGAGGGAUAAAACAAAAGACAAGAGGACAGUCUUCAUUGGGAACCUCCCGCUGGAUGUCAAGAAAUCAGCCAUGAAAGCCCUGUUUGCAGACUUUGGCACAAUUCAAAGUGUACGAUACCGAUGUCCACCUGUGUCAGACCCAAAGGUUUCAAAGAAAGUCACCUUCAUUAAGAAAAGUUUUCACCCCAACAGAAGUAAUAUUGUGUGUUUCGUGUGCUUUGAGGAUGAAGUGGCUGCAAAAAAGUCAUUGAAAUUAAAUGGCCAUGAAUUAAAUGGAUACCAUUUACGAGUUGACCUUUCAUCUAACAACAAGAAGCACAACAAAAAUAAUUCGGUUUAUGUUGGGAACCUUUCCUAUGAUAUUGAAGAAAACAUGGUGUGGAAGCACUUUGAACCGUGUGGAUCCAUCGAGAACGUCCGGGUCAUCAGGGACCGACAGACAGGAUUGGGCAAGGGAUUUGGCUAUGUGCUGUUUGCUGAGAAGUCCUCAGUAGACCUGGCCCUUCAACUAGAUAAGUCUUUGCUGAACGGGAGGAAGAUCAGAGUUACUAACUGCAAAAGUGUGCAGAAGAAAGAUUCUUUGAAAAAACAUCCUGUGAGACAGAGACUGCUGAAGAAGGCCAAGAAGAUGGGGAUGAAGCCGACCAACCUGCGUCCAGGCGAGAUAAGGAAACCCAAGUCCAUGAAGGACAAGUCCAAGAAGCCCCGCCACAGAGACAGAGUCAAGGAAGCCUUUGCUGCUACCCCUCCUGCUACCCCUCAAACCCCGCAGCCUCAUAACAGAAAACACAUCAAGUUCGACUGAACCAGGGGUGCUCAGUUUGAGUUUCUGGAAAAUCCUUUUGAAGGUGCAUAUUUUUGGGCAGGUGCUUGCAGCCAAACAUCUCUCCUGUUAGUGUUGGGAAUCGGAAACCAAAACCAAUAUCGAUUAUUGGAGGACUUGAGGUGAACGAUUAUCGAUUAUCAUCAAAA